AUUGAUGGUAUGAGAUAUGAUUGCAGUGGAGAUGAAAUGCAUUGCAUUUGAUUUAACGACUGUUUGAUUGACUGAUCAAUUGAUCCCAUAAUCAUCGUCAACAACGAUGUCCAACUCCAAGACAUACCAAUUUGAGAAUCAGUUCACUCUUGAGAAUUGUGUCGGUCGAGUGGUGAUUGCUGUCGUCGGACAUCCGUUUGACUUCGUAAAGACAUUGAUCCAAUUGGGUUACGAACCUUUACCGCCGUACCCGACAACUACUAUCUUUGGUAGACAUCGGUUGGCAUUACCCGGCGUUUUCCGCUAUAUAGGACACAUCCGGCGUACCGAUGGUUUGUGUGGUAUCUAUCGUGGCAUCGGCUAUAAGUUGACUUCCGUUUUGGUCAACGGAUUUAUUUACGUGAAUCUAAGCGAAUAUCUGAAGCAUUUAUAUCCGGAAGAAGAGUCGCUAAAUGAAGAUAAGAAGGAUGAAGAUAAGCAGUCGACACCUGAUUUGCAAAAAUACGUCAAAUUAUGUCAAUAUCUGUCCCGAGAGACGGCUUCGAGAUUUGUAGCGCUAUUGGCUUCCUAUCCGUUUCAAGUGAUGACUGUCCGCGUUUGUGCCCAAUUUGUGGGCCGCGAAACACAUUACGACACAUUAUUUGGUGCCAUCAAAGAUAUAUACCGCACGGGUGGUGUCAGUGGGUUUUACGCCGGUUUUAUGCCACGAUUUCUUGGUGAUGUCCUUGUUCUGUGGAUUGGAUCUAAUAUUAUAUUUGUGGCAAACAGUUGGAUUGACGGCGAUUCUACCACCAAAAACUAUGUUUCCGCUUCGGUUAACUUCAUUGUCUCGUCAUUGCUCUAUCCGUUCCAAUUGGUCUCAACAGUAAUGUCAUGUAAUGGCCAAUCGGCCCGGUCGUUGGCCGCGUCAGCCUAUACUGGACAUCCUUACGCCAAUUGGGUGGACUGUUGGCGCCAUUUGUCACAGUUGGGUGAAAUUAAAAGAGGCUCUUCUCUAUUGUGGAGAUAUCAAUCCACUGUAUUGACAGCACCAUUGAUUCACAGCACAGCUGUCGACAGAGAAACAAGAUAUCGACCGAAAGAGUGGUAAAAAAAUUAAUAUUAAGUUGAAUCGAAUUUUUAAACUUAAUUUUCAAGUUAGUAGUUAUGAACACAUUUAUUAUUG